AUGAUUGCAUCAAGGUCUGGGAGUACGACAGCUCACGUGAGCCAGUUACGCUUCCAGACGCCAGGCAUCCCGGCUUGCUUUCAAGAGCAGUGGCCCCAGCAAGCCCGCAAGAGCUGCAAUGCGCAGGCUGGCAGCAGCACCGGCAGCACCACGCAAGUUUCGUUGUUGGGCCCAUGCAGGCAGAGGCUCAUCCUGGUGGAGAGCAGCUGCUGCCUUCUUUGGCACACGGAGACCUUGGAGUUUAUUUGCUGCAUCGAGCAUGAUGACAUUGGUACGAGCUUUGGCAGGAAGAGUCCCACCACUGAGAUCGAGCGUUCACCCGGCAUCACUCCUACAGAGCUUCAGACUCUGGCCGGUGUCCCGAAGUCGCUUCUUGUGAGGUCCAGUGGAUGGGGGACUUGUUGGUGCUUCAAGAGCAGGGAAGUCAUUGUUGGAGAGUGCCCCUUCUAUGACUUCCUCCUGGAAGUGGACUGUUUGUUUCAACCCCUCGCAAAAGGACAGCUCCAAGUUCUGCCUAUCGAUGCCCAGACCAGCAUGAUGUGGAUGGACAACAUUCCGCUCUACAGAACACUUCCCCCUGCAAUUCGAAUGGAAUCGGUGCUGAUGGAGGCGUACGGCAAGAUUUGCAAAGCGGGCAGCAAUGCUAAGACUGUAGAGCUGGCUUUGUUCAUGCCUUAUGCUAUCCUUGUCGUGAUUGCUUGUCAUGCCAGCCAGAAAGCCAGCCUCGCGGAGACAAGUGCGCAAGUGCAGAGAAGUGCAGAGGUGUGGACACUGGACGGAGUGGAUGUGGCGCGUGUGACCUGGGUGUCUGUCUACACCUUGGAUCACUUCAUCAUUUGCGCAUUGGAUUCGAGGUCUGUGAUAACCCUUUGGGACUCCAAAGCUGGAUUUUCGCCCAUAUUUCGCUUCUACAGCGGCUGCGAGGAGCCCUUCGACUUGGUGCUGACGCAGGAUUUCAUGGUGGUAAUUCAGGACAACAUGUCUGCAAAUCGUCUCGAUCUCUUCUUCUGGAAGCUCUGGCUUCAUCCAGACUUCGAGGUGGAGGGCCAAUCCAUGGAAAGCUCUGCAAGACGACAGCUCGAAGGAAGACACCAACGAGAGGCUGGCUCAGCACGAAUCAUCACAAUUCGUAUCACGGUGCUCUAG